UCAGUUCCCGUGGUUCCCCAACAGCAAAAUGCAAUUCUAACUGCCCCGCAAUAUCCGCAAUACAACCAGCCGACUUCCGCCGCCCAUCAGUAUAUUCAAGCUCCCCCACCUGCUGCAUACAUCCCACAAACAACUGCAACUCCUCAGCCCACACCCCCAUCUGCGCCAGCCGCCCCACCACCACAAAUUUUGAAUUACGUCCCGACAAUUACACCAGCAACCCCAACCCAGUACCCAGCCGCACCCUAUCCAGCCUAUCAGAAUUAUAACACGGUCGUGCCUCAACCGGUCGCUCCAGUGCCAGUACCACACACACCAUCGCCGUCGGCCGCCGCAGCAGCUCUCUAUCAGUCGAGUGGUGGUAUCACCUACUAUGCUCCACAGUCGCAAACACAAGCACCAAGGCCGUUGCCUUCCCUCCGACGACCAACCAGUGCGAUUCCUAUCUUGGCACCUCCAGACCGGAAAGCGAAAAACAACCGAUCUGGCACUGAUACAGCCGGUAACAGCGGGAACGAAAACGAAGAAAACGGCGGUGCUUCUGUUAGCAGUAGUGGCGGUACAACGGGAACCACCUCAACCAGUUCGGGUGCGAACGCUCCAAUUGGUAGUGACAUAGACCACAUUCUUGAUAACAUGUUUGUGCAGCGAGCUCCCUAUCAGCCACCAACCAGGAAAAGUCCUUCACCUGCGCCCGCAACGGCCACAGGAAUUCCCGGAAGUGCUACCGGUGUGGUCAAUAAGCUGGACACUGGAACGGGUCUGCCGUUGGAUGCUACGAAAGAGCUCGAUAAGGAAGCCAUUGAUAAAAUUGGCGAAUCGGUUAAGAAUCUUUCCAUCCAAGAUGCGAAGCUACCCAUCGUGGAUCCGCUGGCUGUCAGUGGUCAAAACGAGAAGCUCGAAACCGCACCCACUGCUGUUGAUUCCACGGCCGGUUGACACUACUAACUGUUGUUCCUUUUGUAGAUCAUCACUCAAUCAAGCCGAAGUGAAUUUGUCCGGCCGAACCCAACAAUUGUACCAAUAUGCAAACUUGUUUUAUCACUGUCCCCGCCAAAGAGUGGAGGUCACUUUGUAGUUUGUGUGCGAGCACGGAUGCCCGUUCCCUAUUCGAUUAGGGUGGGCUUCUUCUUUCCCUCUCUCACGUCAACUAUUGCGUUGUUACUGAACAAUGUAUGUUAACGCAUAUAAGUAAUCCUAGCGCUUUCUUCUUUGACCGUGUCAAAUAGAGUAGAGCUCGUGCAACAUAAAACGUAAGUUUGUUUGGUCUGCAUGGUUAGUUGUGAUCCAUAAGGUUAUUUUCUAUUGCCGGAUUAUAAGCUGAAUGCACUCCAGCGCCUAAUGUUAAGGUUUGUGUACGAGAUCAAUUAUUUUACGAACAAAAAUAUAUUAUCUUUGUACAAUCACACAAGAGCAUUUUGUAUGGUUCAUACAAUGGCAAUUGAAUGAAUUAAAUUGUUAUAAAUUCAAAAUUUUCAUCCAGGUGUUUCGAUUUUCUUUUAUUGGUCUAAUAAGCCCGCAUAAUUUUAUUUAUUAGUAUCGCAUGAUUUGUUGUUCGACAGCUUCGAACGAAAUCGUUAAUCUCCAACAUAUAUCAGUAAAUUCUAUGAGGCAACGAUAUUUAGUGUCACGUGCACAUAUUUUAUUUGAAUUGCACGCUUACAUAAUUAGUAAGUAUAUGUUUUUGUUAUGAUCAUUUUAUUGAAAAUCCUUUCAGAAUUAAUGUUUGUUUGCAAAAGGCAAAAUAUAGAAAAAAAAAAGCGAUUGCUUGAGUUAGUUUUAAUAGUUAUAGUGAUUUGAAACUUUAGACCACUGACCGUAAAAAGAAGAAAUUGCAAGGAAACUUUAUUAAUUGUAUUUAUAAUUCAAAUUUAUAUGACAAGCGUUAAGUCUAUAGGAAGCAAAUGGAAAAAAAUAAUAAAAUA